GACAUUUCAAUAUUUAUGUUUAUUUCAUAUGUAGAUUAGAUGGGGCUUCUUAGAAAAGAAAAUACAUAACUGUAUAAGAAAAAUUUAACAAUGGAGGAGUAUUAUUCCUGUAGUUGUUGCCUGGUGCGACCUCCGGAAAAAGGCCUCAAGACUCUAUACAACCAUCACGGUAAAACAGAGAUAUAUUAUGAUAUGCUGACAGAAUGCUUUGGUUUAAAUCUUAGUUUUGGCAAUGAGGAGUGUGGUAUCUGUGAGGUGUGUGUGGGGAGGCUGCGGGACGCGAGCGACUUCAAGCUGCAAGUGCAGCGUGUCCAGGGAGUCCUACAUGCACGGCUGAAGGGAUCAGUCCCUGUCACUACUGCUGACAACAUCAAAGUCAAAAUCAAGUUAGAGAGACUAACUGGAGAUGACGCUACUUCUGACCAUCCCCUGUGCCCCCUCGGGAGAUCCUCCUCAGCGCCGUGCAGCCCAGUGUGGGAUCAAGCAGGAGAGGUCGGAGUAAAGGCAGACACUGACAUCAUUACAGUUACAUUAGAAGAAGAAUUGCCAGCGCCUGAUGCUGAACCAGCUCCUACGGCGUCCCAGAGCGUCCCAGACGCGCCAGCUCCGAGCGAAGCCCAGCGCAGCUCCAACACUGGAGACAAACCUUAUUCUUGCAACAAAUGCGACAAAACAUUCGGACAGAAGGGACACUUAAACGCUCAUUACGCAACCCAUACAGGGAAAUUCAAAUUCUACUGUGAGUUAUGCAAAAGGGGAUUCAUACAUAAACAUCAAUAUGCUACUCACAUGCGGAGACACACUGGUGAGAAACCUUAUGCUUGUGACAAAUGCGACAAAAAAUUCCGACAAAAGGGCCACUUCAAUGAUCACUACGCUACACAUUUAGGAAAAUUCAAAUUCACAUGCGAAUUUUGCGUAGAGCCAGGAGAAAAACUGCAUGCAAAAAAGAUCAGAAGAAUCGAUAAAGAAACUCGAUUAUGA